GAUGAGCUAUGUCUGGAACAAGGACCCCAGUUUUGUGCGGGCAGGACCACGCCCCGGCCCCGGUGUGCGGUGCACCAUGCUAGGAUAGCACACAACUGCUACAUCCGGGCGCUCUUCAGUUUACAAGCCCUGCGAAGAUGGCGACUUCAGGGAGGAGUGCAUUAUUAUCCUCCACCUCAACUGGACAUAAGAGCACACUGGAGAACUCCAACCCAGAGGAGGAUGACGGACAGGAUUUAUGGUCCACCAUCCUGAGUGAAGUGUCAACCCAUUCAAGAUCUAAGCUACCGUCUGGGAAAAAUGUCCUGGUUAUGGGUGAGGUGGGUUCGGGGAAGACAGCCUUGGUUGCAAAACUGCAGGGGGUUGAAGAGUUCAUGAAAGGCCGUGGCCUGGAAUACCUCUACUUCAGUGUUCAUGACGACGACAUUGAUGACCAGACUAGGUGUAAUGCCUGGGUGUUAGACGGAGACCUUUACCACAAAGGUCUGCAGGGAGUAGCUGUGCCAGUGGACUCAAUCGGCAACACGUUGCUGCUGAUAACAGUUGAUAUGUCGCGGCCAUGGAACGCCCUGGACUCGCUCCAGAAGUGGGCCGCCGUCGCUAGGGAACACAUCGAUAAACUCCGGGUCGCCCCGGAAACGCUGCGGGAGCUGGAGCACAGACUUGUAAAACAGUUCCAGGAAUACACAGAGCCAGGCAGUGGGGAGGAUGGUACCCUGCAGAGGAGGAGUGAAGAGGAGGAGUGUGUGCUGCUGCCGUUAGGAGACAACACACUUACACACAACCUGGGAAUACCAGUGGUGGUGGUCUGCACCAAGUGUGACGCCAUCAGUACAUUGGAGAAGGAGCACGACUAUAGAGACGAACACUUGGACCUCAUCCAGUCUCACAUCAGACGUUUCUGUCUGCAGUACGGUGCAUCUCUGGUUUACACAUCAGUGAAGGAGAUGAAAAACCUGGACAUCCUGUACAAAUAUCUGGUCCACAGACUGUACGGCUUUCCCUUCCAUUGCCCGGCACAAGUGGUAGAAAGAGAUGCUGUCUUCAUUCCAUCAGGUUGGGACAAUGAAAAGAAGAUUGCCAUACUUCACGAGAACUUUCAGACAGUAAAAGCAGACGACAGCUUUGAGGAAGUAAUAGUCAAACCGCCAGUCAGAAAGAUUGUACAUGAAAAGGAGAUUCAGGCAGAAGAUGACCAAGUGUUUCUGGUAAAACUGCAGUCGCUGCUUGCCAAACAGCCCGCUGUGACAGCAGGGCGACCAGUGGACACCACCAGUAGAGCACCCGCCGGCUCCCCCAGGACGAGUAAUCGCUCCGCAGCGGCCAACGUAGCUAACGCCAUGCCACAGUCGGGUCAGACUAGUGAGGGCGUGUUGGCCAAUUUCUUCAACAGUCUACUGACAAAGAAAGCAGGGACAGGGGGGCCCGGGACGCCAGGUGGCGGAAACAACACACCUGGAACAGUACGCAAGUCAGGGUCAAAGCUGGGCCUAAGCGAUGUACAGGCGGAGCUGGACCGCAUAUCCAGCCGGGAGACCGACUCAGACUUGCCCAAUGCCAACGACAACCCUGCCACCGACGGCCAGGACACAUGAAGACCAACACACUUCACCCAGCUUUCCGUCUCUCCCCUUUCCACUUCAGUCACCUUCCACCUCCCUUGUUCUUCCUCCCUCAACUCCAUCACAAAGAUGUGGAGAGAAAGAGGGUUGUAGGCACACAGUUUUCCCUCCCCGUUCUCUCCUUUUGCUUUCUCCUCAAGGAGAAAAACUCGCCCUCUCUUCCACUACCCCUUUUCCCACACCUUGUUCUCCCUCCCCCUUCCUCUCUCCUCCUGGCUGUUGCGCUGAGGACGAGUAUUUGUCAGUGUUACAUACAAGACUGUCUGUUACAUGAGAGUAAAUGGGUAUGGGAGACCAAGGGGGGUGUGUAGGAGGAGAAGAAGAAUGAGUUGGGUUGAAAAGAUUGAUUACAGGAAUGCAAGUGAGGGUGUUUUGUCCAUCCAUUCUUGUGAUGGUACAGUUAGUGUUUUGACAGUAGGAACUGCUCAAGGGUACCAUAGGCAGGAUUGUGUGAUGAUGUAUGUGCGGCAAGUCAUGCUUGGUCAGAGGAAGAGAUUGAGAACAAAAAAAAGACCUUCCCUGAAACUUAAUUGCAAACAGACUUGUUUUUGAAGAUGAAGGGACAAACAUACCAGUAUUUGUGCGUGUAUGUGUGUGUGUGCGUGCAUGCGUGUGUGUGAGCGAGAGAGAGAAAGAAAGACUUAUGAUUUAAGGAAGUUACUUCAACCCAGACCUGUAUGUCAAGAGAAUUUUGGCUGGUUGCAUUUCAACCAAAAUGCAAAAACAUUACUAUGCUAUUACACUACAAGCUCUUAAAACAGUGCACACACUAUUAUGACAGCAGCACUGUCUGCUAGACUACACUCAACAAACAUGACAAAAAAAGAUACACUAUCCUGUGUAGAGGGCACUUAAGGUCCAACAUGGCACCCGGUUCUACAUUUGGCCAAACUUCCCCAAACCUGUAGAUAACAGACAGUGCACUGAAACGGGAGGGUGCUAGAGGGUUGUAGAGGGUAGGUGAGCUUUACUUGUACAGAAAAGGCACUAGUGAUUCAGUUCCAUAGUUGGGGCGGGGGGGCGGUGGGUGGGUGGGUAAGGGGUUCAGAAUAAGGGAGGGUCACACCAAGAAUGUACAGUCAUUGUCUCGCUGAUUGGUCCUGUUAUUUCAGAGCUCUGUGUUGGCGUUUGUAUAAUCAGAUCUGUUAAUCAGUCAAAUAAAAGGUGUAUUUAUUCGGAUUCAUCCACCUGA